AUGGAAAAUUUCUCCAGUGAUAUAGUGUUCGAACUGCAUGGACUGAAUGAAACAAGGACAAACAAACAGAUCUACUUUGUCUUCACCCUUUCCCUUUACCUUUUAACAAUUUUUGUAAACUUGACUCUGAUUCUAACAAUCUCCUUAGAGAAAAUGCUCCAUGAGCCCAUGUACAUAUUUCUGUGUAACUUGUGUAUAAAUGAAAUACUUGGUGCCACUGCUUUUUAUCCAAAGUUAUUAAUUGACCUUUUAUCUGAUGUACAUGUUAUUUCAUAUAACGCAUGUAUGACUCAAAUAUUUGCAAUCUACACUUAUGUCUUCACUGAAUUCACCACUUUAACAGUGAUGGCUUAUGACAGGUUUGUUGCAAUAUGCAAACCAUUGAACUACCACUCUAUCAUCACACCUCAGAAGGUGGUGAAAUUGCUUGUAAUUUCCUGGUUGUUUCCUCUCAGUGAGUCAGUCAUAGGAAUGAACCUGACAGCGCGUCUCCCCCUCUGUGGUUUCAGCAUCGACAAGCUUUAUUGUGCAAACUGGGAAGUGGUGAAGUUGUCAUGCGUGGAUACUACUAAGAAUAAUAUAUAUGGAUACAUUCUCAUAAUUUCUCACUCAUUACAAGCAGUGCUGAUCAUGGUUUCCUACAUCCAUAUCAUAAGGGCCUCUGUGCGAUCCCGGGCAGAACAGAACAAGUUCAUGCAGACCUGCUUGCCCCAUUUAAUCACCUUGAUCAAUUUCACCAUUUCAAUCGUUUUUGAUGUCCUGUACGCUCGCUACGGCUCCAGCAGCCGCCUGCAGGCUCUCCGCAAUUUCCUGGCUGUGGAGUACCUCAUCGUUCCACCGCUUCUCAACCCCCUGAUUUAUGGCAUAAAACUGAAUCAGAUUCGUAAAAGAAUCAUGAGAUUGUGCAGCCACAAAAUUCAUGCUCUAAAAUGA